AUGAACAUGACACGACUACGACUAAAGUACACCCCGUGGGUACUGAAAUUUGCCGGUCAGCUGCUGUUUACAAUGUGGCAACAUCAGGAACUGAGAGACAUGUACAAGAAGCACGGCUGGAAGGAGCAGGACUUUGUGACGAAAACGAUCGCCUCGCGGAACGUAAACAGUAGCAACGGUGGCAGCUAUAGUGACAACUCACCAAAUUCACCCAACAACACACUGAACCGUCCGAUGGCAUCCCAGAGUGGUACCAGAUACGAAGAUCGAACCAUGAAGCGGCAGCAAGCGUUGAACAACGGUGGCCAAGCAAUGUCCCUGCCACCGAGCGACGGAGCUGUCAAGAUGGGCAGAUGAAUCUACCAAGAAGCACAAUCCGAUCUAUCAGGGUAGUCAGAAAAGGUAGCUAACCAACACUCUACAGACACACAGAAUGAGAAAGAGAGUGAGAGAGAGAGAGUCUAGUAGGACAGCAGCUAUGUAGUGAAUCUAUUUAGGAACAACCACUCAAUUGCAACACUAAAACAGGUACACCCAGAUGCCACCUGGUGGAGUUCGUUUAGUCUAGGCGACAAUGCAGA